AUGUUGUCAAGGUUCUUCCCGAAGAUCGACGUAUCGAGCGUGGACCUUACUAGGCAAAUUGGAUUUCGGCCUCAUGGAAGAAGUGCCGAUUGGUUGGGAGAUUUCCAAGAUGAUCCUUCAAAUGAUAAAGAAAGGCCAAAGAACCUUGAAAUUCUUUAUGGUAUAAUGGGUUCUAGUCAAUCUUUGGGGGCCUUCAUGGGGUCUUUUAUGAAUAAAAAGGUUGAUUACCCCCAUGGCAAGCACAUUAUGUUCUUGUUAUAUUGGCUGAACAUGUUCAUAUUCCCGACUACUUCCAACUACAUUACCAUGGAGUGGUUUAAGGUGGCAGGGGGUCUGGCCACUUACAGAGAUAUUGCUACUGGGCCUUUGAUCUUGGCUUCCAUCUACAACGGUCUGAGAGAAGCGACCAUUGAGCCCAUCAACCUCAAUGUAAAAGGACCCUUGUGGAUGGUUUAG